UACUAAAAUAUCAUUUGGUUUAAUUAGUUUAUGGCUAUAAGGUGGCGUGGAUGUGUUUUUUAAAAUUGUUUUAUUUAAGAAAUAAAACUUACUAGCUUUAAAUAAAAUGAUUAAGAAUCGUAGAUUGGAAGAUAAAGGUCCUGCUUUUGGAAUUCGUCAUGUUCAGGUCAUAUUGCUGUUUUUAUGUUUGAUAGUCAAUUAUAUAGGAAGGCAGAAUGCAUCAGUGUCUGUGGUUGCUAUGACUAAUGCCAAAUCCACGAACCCUGAUUUCCCAGAAUACAAUUGGAAUGAGACACACAAGUCUUACAUACUAAGCAGUUUCUACUGGGGCUACAGUUUGACACAAUGUCUAGCGACCUACAUCUGUCGCCACUUUGGAUCGAAACCCUCUAUGUUGAUCGCAACUGCAGGAUCGGCUCUACUCAGUGCAAUAACUCCCAUGGCGAUAGGCCUCGGUGGAUGGCAGGUGUAUUGCGGUAUACGUACAUUGCAGGGUCUUUUUCAAGGACUGCUUCUGCCAACGCUUCACGACCACUUAGCCAAAUGGUCACCAAUUGAAGAGCGAACUCGUCUGGGAGCUUUGAGUCUCACCGGAUUAGAGACAGGAAAUCUUCUUGGUAUGGCAGUGCCUGGUUUGAUCGCCCACUCACGUUGGGGCUGGCCUGGCAUAUCAUACUUUUCGGCUGGGUUUUCGAUUUUCUGGUGCCUAUUGUGGAUUAUAUUCGCUGACAGUAGUCCCAUUGUUUCAAGACUUAUAAGCCCAGAAGAGAAGACCUACAUUUUAACAUCACAAAGGAAAAACGAUGGAAAACAGGUGAAAAUUCCAAUUCCCUGGAAGGCAAUUCUCACCUCGAUUCCAUUCGCUUCUCUCGUUUCGGUGAGAAUAGCUUCAAUCUGGGGCAUGGGCACAAUGCAGUCUCAAAUACCUUCAUAUCUUCAUUCAAUUUUUCUUAUGAAUAUCGGGGAAAACACAUUUUAUUCAACGCUUCCAUAUGUCGUCAUGCUGAUAAUGACAUAUGUGUAUUUAAUUUUUGCAGACGUACUGUUAAAGAAAAACAUUUUUUCCCUCACAGGGGUCAAGAAAACAAUAAAUUCUUUUGCUAUGUGGAUUCCAGCAAUUGCUCUCUUUGGCCUAGGAACGGUCGAUAGAGCCACAUCGGCUAUAAUUUUAAUGACCAUAUCUAUAGGUGUUAGUGGUGGAGUCUCGAUCGGAAGUGGUUUGAAUGCUAUCGAUUUGUCCGCAAAUCACGCCGUUGUUUUGAUGGGAAUAUUGAAUACUGUAACAAGUAUUGCAUCAAUGAUGGCUCCUCUGUUUGUGGGAGUUAUUGUUACUGAUGAGACUGACCGAUCGCAGUGGCAAAUUGUUUUCUGGACUUCAGCUUUGGUGUAUUUCUUCGGAAACCUGCAGUUCAUAAUUUUUAGUUCAACAGAGACGCAACCUUGGAAUGACGAAAAGUAUAUGCUAGUUAGUCAAGAUGAUAAACAACCCCAAAUACGUAAAGUCAAUUCAGUUUUAGAGUUAAGAACUUAUGAUGAUAGCUCUAUGAAGAAUGAUACGAGUUUGUUGAAAGAAUAAAGUGCGUCAUAUCUGCAUUAGAACAUAAACUCGUAGUCUAUAAACAUUUUCUAAAAUUUAAAUAAGAAAUGAGACAAUUUUA